AGUUUUCUCACACCUUUACUAUCAUAUUCUAAGUUUAAUAUUGAUAUUGAACAAUGGAUUCCAAAAAUGCAAUGCUCAUCCUAGGUCUCAUGGCAAUGGUUUUUCUUAUCUCUUCAGAAGUUUCAGCUAGGGACUUAACUGAAACUUCCACUGAUACCAAAAAGGAGAUUGUUAAACAAACUAAUGAAGUGAAUGAUGCCAAAUAUGGUGGUGGUUAUCACAACGGUGAAGGAAAUUACUAUAACGGAGGUGGUAAUUACCAUAACGGUGGAGGAAAUUAUCACAAUGGAGGUGGUAACUACCACAACGGUGGUGGUAAUUAUCACAAUGGCGGAGGUAAUUAUCACAACGGUGGUGGUCACCAUGGAGGUGGUUAUUGUCAAUAUAACUGUUGUGGCGGGUAUUCUUACGGAAGUUGUAGAAGGUGUUGCUCAUAUGCUGGUGAAGCCGUUGAUGUGCAAGUUGAAGGCAACACUCAUAACUGAUAUCGUUAUGAUGCACUUUUUUAAUUACUAUAUUAAAAUAAAUAUCACCAAAAAAUAAUAUUGUGUGUUUUUCAAGAGAUAAAUAAAUAGACAACAAUUUAUGUUGUUGUGUAUUAUCUAUCUUGCCACUAUAAUAUCGAUAGAUUUUUAUAAGUGGAAAUCAUGUAUGCAUAACAUUAUAUAUAUGUAUUUGUGUUGAUGAUUGUGAGGUAUUGAAAAAUUGUGAAUGUAUUAUCAUGUGUAUUAUUUCAAUGUGGUGAUUUUAAAUAAA